AGUGUUUGGUGUCAUUCGUAUUAAUAUAUGUGUUCACGUGCCCACUACUAACUAGCAAACACGACACGUUGUGAAAUAUUGUUGGGUUACCUAUAAUACAUAUAGAUUUUUUGGUUUGGAUACUAAACGUGAUUAUCGUCGCAGACUUUCUGUGAAAUUGGACCAUGUAGUUACUUGCUUAUUAUUUUUAUAUAGCAUUUUCUUUUGUGUUUAUUCUGUCAGUCUGUGUGCCGUGUAGUUCGGGUGCCUUUUCUGUUUAGAAUUUUGUAAGAAAUAACAAGCUGAAAUAAUUUGUUCGGUUCGUUUACUUUAAAAACGACGAGGACACUGAGCUCGACUGCUUUAUUAUUUAUAUAUACCUUCAUUGAUCCACAAACAACAUUUCUGAACAUUACGUUCUGCCGAAAAGUUAUCGGUUUAAUAAUUUCCCUAUGUUUAGAAUGCGGAGCUGUCCAAAAGCUUGGUUCUGAAAGUGAAGAACUUUGUCAUAUAAGGAUUCAAAACCUCUUAAUAUUCUUCACGUCCAUAUCACUUGCUUUUCGGAAACGCCUGUCUUUGAAUAUCACGCGACAUUAACAUUGAAUCUGAGAAAGUGUGUUUCAAAUCUUAGCCAUUUAGGUUUAUUGUAAUUUUGGUAUGUUGCCACCGAAGUGAAUGCAAUAUUCCAUUGCUUGAAAAAGUGGUGUACAAAUUCUCAAAGUGAAAGGUGGUUUAUUUGGCAAAUCAGCUGAUCACUUGGCUCGAUGGCUUAUGUUCCUGAUUCCAAAUACUUGUUUGAAUCUGGUAGUACUUUUCCUUCUCUUUAUUUAAUAACUGGUCGUAUAGUAGGUGUUUACACGAAGGUUCCAGAUAUAUAAACCAUUCCAAUGAUUAAGGCGUAAAAUCAGAAAUGUGUGAUUAGAAUGUCCUUAACUGAGCAUUGUAUUGCUUUUGUAAUAGUAAAGAUCAUUACUUGUUAUUCAAAGAAAUUGACUUCUAAAACACUGAUUUAGAUUUUUGGAGAGAAAUAAAACGUUCCAAAAAAACCUACUCUUCCAAUGGUUAAUGACAGGAUAGGAAACACAGAUGCGGAAAACCCUUUCAUAUAAUGCAUUGGAAACUACAUUCGCUGAUAUGUUCAAUGUGUUCUUGUUCUUAAUGUAGUCACAACUGUGGAACAAAAUAAAGUUACACAUGUUUGUUUGAACUACAAUGUCAAGACAACAGACAUGUAAUAAUAAAUUUGCCUGAUGUCUGUAUUUGCUUCAAACAGAGAUUGUAAUGUAGUACAUUAAAACACCAUUGAAAUUCCAAUACAAUCUAAAAAGACAGUCCCACAGUGAGACACAUAAAUCCUUAAUGCAAUCGCAGGUAUUGUUUGACUGUUUCUUCAAGGUGCAGUACAGCUCCUAUUGGAUAAUGUAGUGGGGCACCGUGGGGCAAAUAAUUAUCAUAUUUUCUUGUUAAAGUUUUUCUGAUAUGCCAUCAGAAAUAGUGUUGAAAUAGUGUCAUUUGCCUUUAAGAACUUGAGAAUAAUUUCUAUUGGAGCAGCCGGUGCUCUGCUGUGCACCAGUAAGAGAGGGACCUGUACAAAGAGAUCCACUCCCUCCCCCAGCCACAGCACGGUAACCCUUACAGUGCUCAGAGCUGGGAGAGACGGAGCUGCGCUGAGAGCAAUGGGUAGUUCUAUUAUAUUUAGCCUCAUUUCUUUUGCUGCAACAUCUAAUAUUAUUUUGUUGUUGCAGGUGUAUAGGCUGCUAUGAUAUGUUUUUUUAAACAGACAUGCUCAUUCGGAUUUGAAACGUAUUUUUUCACAAUGGUGACAGGGCAGCGGAUAAAGCUUCUUGAAUGGCAAGAGCUGUGGCUGGUUUGUUUCUUUCUCGCGUGGAAUACAAUAGAUGCACAGAUUCGCUACACCAUUCCAGAGGAACUAAGUCAUGGCUCUGUUGUUGGCAAUAUAGCGAAAGACCUGGGUUUGGGGAUUUCAGAGAUUUCGGAUCGCAAGCUGCGGAUCGCUUCCGAGGGUAAGCAGUAUUUCAGUGUGGAUUUAGGUAAGGGAGAGCUGAUCGUGAGCGACAGAAUUGAUAGAGAGACUCUGUGCGGACAAAGCGCGAGUUGUUUGUUACCAUUGCAGGUUAUUAUAGAAGACCCACUUCAGCUAUUUCGUGUUGAGGCUGAAAUUCUGGAUAUAAAUGACAAUUCUCCUAAAUUUAAUUCGAAUGAAUACGUUCUGAAUGUGGCCGAAUCCACUUUACCAGGUGCUAGAUUCCCUUUGGAAACAGCUCAGGACUUAGAUGUGGGAGCCAAUAUGUUGCGUUCUUACGUUUUGAAGAAAAAUGAACAUUUUUCUUUGAAUGUUAUAAAUAACAAGGAUGGGUCUAAACUCCCCGAACUCGUUUUAGAAAAAGCAGUAGACCGAGAAAAACAGUCAAUUCACCAUCUCGUUCUCACCGCUGUUGAUGGGGGGAGUCCUGCAAGGUCUGGAGAAACGCAGAUCACGGUUAGGGUUCUCGACAACAAUGACAAUGCGCCCAGCUUUGAAAAAACUCAGUAUGAGAUUGCAGUGAGCGAAAGUACACCCCCUGGAAUGGCCGUAUUGACCGUUAAAGCAGUUGAUUUAGAUGACGGUUUGAACAGUGAUAUCGUGUAUUCGUUUGGGUCGCACACAUCAGAAGCAGUGCAGAAAAUGUUUGGCAUAGAUCCACAGACGGGCGAGAUAACUCUGUCAGACCGACUAGAUUAUGAGGUCAUUAAGAUUUAUAAAUUUGAUGUACGCGCCACUGACAAAGGCACGCCGUCGAUGGAGGGUCACAGUCGAGUGCAAGUAGAGGUUGAGGACGUGAACGACAACCCGCCGGAAAUAAUACUCACGUCUUUACCGAAACCCGUUAGAGAAGAUGCUUCGGUAGGGACCGUUGUAGCUUUAAUUAGCGCAAAAGAUUUAGAUUCGGGGGAAAACGGGAAGGUUGCUUUAAGCAUGUCGUCUGACUAUCCUUUCAAGUUAAAACCGUCAUUUUCUAACCAUUAUGAAUUAGUUACUGAUUCCCGUCUGGAUCGCGAGGAAUUUCCUGACUAUAAUAUUGAAAUAAUUGCAUCGGACACUGGGUCUCCUCCUUUCACUACGGCGAAAAAAAUAGCUGUUAAUAUAUUGGAUGUAAAUGACAACCCCCCGCUGUUCUCCCAACUAUCAUACACGGUGUAUGUUAAAGAAAAUGGAGCUCCAGGGAGAAUACUUUGUUCGGUUACAGCUUCUGACCCAGACCUGGGUGAGAAUGCCAAGAUCUCAUACUCUAUCUUGGAUUCUAAAAUCCAAGACGUGUCUGCCUCCUCGUAUAUUUACAUUAACUCAGAAAACGGCAGCAUCUACAGCAUGCACUCAUUUGACUAUGAGAAACUGAAGGUGUUUCAGAUCCAGGUGCAGGCAAAGGACCAAGGCUCUCCAUCUCUCAGCAGUAGCGCUGCCGUUCAUGUUUUUAUCCUGGAUCAGAACGACAAUGCCCCCAUGGUUAUUUACCCCUCUGCUGUCAUGGGUUCAAUUUCUCACCAGAAAAUACCCCGCUCUGCUAAAGCGGGACACCUUGUUACGAAGGUAACGGCAGUGGACGCCGACUCGGGGCACAACGCUUGGAUUUCCUAUAAAGUGGUGGAGGCUACAGACGCGUCUCUGUUUGGUGUGAAUCUUUAUACAGGCGAGGUGAGGACUAAACGCGCUGUUUCCGAGCAGGAUGACGCCUCUCAGAGGCUGCUUAUAGAAAUCAAGGACAACGGGGAGCCGGUCCAGUCCACCACAGUCACAGUUGGCAUAUUGUUAGAGGACGGAGUUCACGAGCCCAUUUCGGAUUUGCGACAGAAAGCACAAGAACCCAGCAAGAAAAACAAUAAAAUCACAUUUUAUUUGAUCAUCUCUCUGGCCUCGGUUUCCGCGGUGUCUUUUGUGACUUUUGUGAUCUUGGCGGUGAAGUGCGUUCGAAACAGCAGAAGGGGGGCGUGUUGCUGUAUCAGACGGUCUGAUUCUGACGGAUAUAAGAAUCCCAACAGAAAUCUGCAGAUCCAGCUGAACACUGACGGGCCUAUUAAGUAUGUGGAGGUUCUGGGAGGGGACAUGAUGUCUCAGAGCCAGUCGUUCAGGUCCUGCUUGUCUCCAGUGUCAGAGUUCAGUGAUUUCACUUUCGUUAAGCCCAGCAGCACUUCAGACUUUAAGGAUAUGAUCAGUGUUCUCGACGCGUCUCUACCUGACAGUGCGUGGACUUUUGAGAGUCAACAGCAAAAACCCCCCAACACUGACUGGCGUUUCUCCCAGAACCAGAGACCUGGAACUAGUGGUCAGCACAAGUACAACACGACGCAGAUAAGAUGGACGCCGUAUGGGAAAGCCAGGGCUGCCCCCCCACCCGAGGCUGCCGUAGGAACGGGACCGUGGCCCAACCCCCCCACCGAAGCUGAGCAGCUCCAGGCGCUGAUGGCCGCAGCUAACGAGGUGAGUGAGGCGACCGCCACCCUCGGACCGGGAACCAUGGGACUGAGCACCCGCUACAGCCCCCAGUUCACCCUGCAGCACGUGCCCGACUACCGCCAGAACGUCUACAUCCCCGGCAGCACCGCCACCCUGACGGCCAACCAGCAGCAGCAGCAGCAGCAGCAGCAGCAGCCCCCCCAGCCCGCCCUCCCCCAGCCCCCCCCACAGGCCGAGGCCCCCAAGGCUGCCCAGACGCCCGCCAGCAAGAAGAAGUCCGCCAAGAAGGACAAGAAGUAAACGAGCAGCCGGCCUGGAUACCCGACCACGCCCCCCUGACAACCACGCCGCCGCCCCCGUCACACCUCCUCUUCUAAGAAUGCUACGCUUUCUCUUUCGUUUGCUUUUAAGUCUGAACGUUGCAAAGUGAUGACGUGGUGAGCAUACGUGUCUUUUUUAAAAAAAAUUUUCUUGGGUUUUAAGCUUGUUUUUCCUCUAACAUAUUUUCAAAAACCUGUGUUAGUAGUGUGGAUAUAUCUUGCUGUCUGAAUAUAACACAAACUUGGUUAGCUUUUCGGUAUUGAUCCUUAAUUUUUCUGUAGGGGAUAAGGGGGGGUUGUUAAUGAUGAAAUAUUUGAUGUCUUUGAAUCCGGAUGGAUUCUUCAGAGGUGAAGUUCUAAAGAUGUAACUGAACAGUGAUUUUAAGGGCAGGGCUCUGCCCUUUAACAUAGUAUUAGAAUGGCUAUUAAUCAUUUUACUUAAUACGUGUGUCAUGUUGACUUUUUGUUUCUUCAAAAUGCAAAAUAGGCACUUCUAGUGGUGACAAGAAUGACACUAGUUUUGAGUUAAGUUUCUUAGAACAGCUUUGAUAAUCUUUGCAGUAGUUCUUAGAUACAGGCAGGUAAUUUUUGCAUGAGCCGUCCAUGAACUAGACGUAAGACCGCAGAAGUGAAACUAUGCAUCGCAUUCGGAGAACGCCUCCAGUCUUCUCCAAAACAAAUGGAAAUGCGUUUGUAGCAUUAACUUUUAGACGUAGCAAAAAAAAUUGGACUAAUCGAGUUCUGCAUUUUUAAUGGAAAAAAAUCAUAUGACUUUUUUUUUUUUCCUGCUUGUAUGACCAGCUCGAACUCAAGGUGCUCAGAGUAAAUUCGCCAACGGCAACGAGGCCAAGAUAUUAAGUCCAAUGUUUGUGCAGCGUUGUUCCACUGUAACGAGCUGGGAAUUCCAUGGUACGGUUUCGGGAAUUUUGUUCCGGGUACCAUGGAAUUCCCAGACUCCCCGGUGGCACAGUGCUGUGUGGGUCCGUCCACUGGCACAUCUCUGCAGUGGGCGGGGCCUGUGAGUACACCCGGGUGGGCACGCCUCUCCACAGAGGCAGCGUGGGAGUCCAGCGUUCUCCGCGAUCGCUUGCUGCAUGCGCCCCUGCCGACCCCGCCCCCAUUUCUCACCCGCUUAGAGAGUCCAAUCCUGAGAAUGCACUGUUUCCUCACCUCGCCCCACCCCACCCUCCCCUCCCCGUCCAACAAGCCUGCACUGCAUGAGCCGGCAGCUUCCUGAGUGUAGCCCCGCCCCUGAAGACACGGAGGGAGGGGUCAGGGGUCAGGGCGGGAGGUUGUGAAGAGGGGCCUGGGCACUGACUCACAGAUUCUUCCUGAAUGUACAGGAUGUGGUCAGUCCAGAGCUCAAGAGCUUCAGCUCGCAUUAAUGAAGAGCUUCAGGGUUGUAGAUGGGACAGGCACCACAUCAGACCUGGGUUCGAUCGCAAUCGAGUCAUAGCAUAGCUUCUAAUCCAAAAUAUGGCCACAUUAAUUGUAAUUAAACUGUAUCUUGGUAUUUGCAUUACUGAUUAUAGAGCUGUAGUUGAAACGUAGGUAGCAGUUCGUUUAACUCAUUGAUUGCUGGAUGUUAGUUGAAAUGCAUUUUGUUACUUAAGUAAAUGAUUAAUUUGCUGGAUUUCCAUUGAAAUGUAGUUACUUAUGUAACUGAUUGAUUGAUGGAUUGUAGUUGAACCCAGGUCAGAAGGUCCAUUGAUGCUGGAUCAGAACAAAUGCGCUGCUGGUAACAUAGACCUGUGGGUCUUAACUAUGAGCCAGGGUUACGAUGGUGAUAAGGGUUUAGUUACUUUCGGAAUUCUCCGGAAACCUCUUGUCAGUGGUGUGGUCUCUCUUGCUUGCUCAGCCUGUCCUAGGAGUUGCAGCAGACAUACAGUCUGUCCCUUCGCUGGUGAAGUCAGGGACAGUGAGACUGUGUGAUGGUGGAACAUCCCUUCCCCAGGAGUCUAGGACAGGCAGGCUUUGAGCUUCUCAGGCUUCAAAUAUACAGAUCGAUGACUUACAGCUCCACUCCUACCAUCAUCCUAGUACAUUAGAGCUGGAUAUUUCGGUCUCAGAUGAAGGUCACGCAGGGAGGUGAACCCACGAACUGGCAAGGCUUAGACCAAUAUUGAACCAGGGUAAGAGAGCCAAGGAAGAGGGAAAAAAAAUUCUUCACAAUAAAUGAAGGCAGUUUCUUAAUCUGCACUGACCCAAAAGCCCCUCCCGUCCAGUCCACUUCUGUAUUACCACUCUGUCCAAAUGUAAAUAAGACCCCGUCAUGUAUAAGAACCAGCUGUCUGUACGGACCAUGUUUGAAACGAGAUUCAAAAUUAAAGCUACUUUCUUGUGGCUUACUACUGGAAUGUGUUGCAUAUUUUUCAGAAAAAAAGAAAACAAAGCAAAAAAAAAAGAGAUGUUCUUCAAAGUAAGUGUAGUCAUGUAGUAUGUAAGCACCAAGAUGGCUGACUAUUCCUGAGUGUAAAUAAAAGAUAACUUUAAAAAGAUAAACACAAACGUAGAGUAGGAACUUGUGAACUGUGUUUUUUCUGUUUUGUCACUCUGUGCUUAAAAGUAAAGGCAAAAAAUAAUAAUAAUACAGAAGUUUCUAUCCAUCUACCUUUUUUAUGUGUUUGUGAUUUCUCUUUCGUGCCUGUGCUGCUGGAAUGCUGUCAUAUAAAUCAGUAUAUCUGUGUCUGCUCAUGAAUUACACUUCUAUAUUCUGCUGUAAUAUCUUUCUUAUAAAAUAGAUCAGUGCUCCUGUGUUACACUAUUAUUUUAUAUGCUAAUAUUUAUAUUGCUGUUAUAUUUUCUCUUGUACACUGACAUUUCAAAUAAAAAGUUCUUCUGAAAUCAUGAA